GAGAGAGCGGUAUUAUAGGUUCUACAGCUACAUGUAGAACCUCCCUGUGGUAUUUAAGCACCACACCCAUUCCAGGCCACAUAGCCAGGACUAUUCUACAGCACCACAGCUCUCUUCAGCACAGGCAGGACAGUCAACAUGGCGCUGGUAUCUGAGUUUCUAGGACAACUGUCUCUUAAUGUGGGGUCCUGUGAGUCCAAAUACCCAACUGUUGUUCCUGCGAUUGACUUCGAUCCAGACAAAGAUGCUGCCAGAAUAGAGACUGCUAUCAAGACGAAGGGUGUGGAUGAAGCGACCAUCAUCAAUGUUCUGACCAAGAGGACCUACAGCCAGAGGAGAGAGAUCGCUUUCGCUUAUGAGAGGAGAGCCAAGAAGGAUCUGGUGACUGCCCUGAAGGGGGCUCUAUCUGGGUCGUUGGAGACUGUGAUCUUAGGUCUGAUGAAGAGUACAACUCAGUAUGAUGCCUCCGAGAUCAAAGGAUCCAUUAAGGGUCUAGGAACGGACGAGGAGGUGCUGAUAGAGAUUGUCUGUUCUCGCAGCUCCUCAGAACUGGCUGAGAUUAAGACGGUCUACAAGGAAUUGUUCAAGAAGGAUCUGGAGAAGGAUGUGGCUGGAGACACCUCGGGAGACUUCGCCAAGCUGCUGCUGGCCCUGGUGCAGGCCAAGAGGGCAGAACCCUCCAGUGUGGUGGACUAUGAGAAGAUCGAUGAAGAUGCCAGAGCCCUGUAUGAUGCUGGAGUGAAGAGGAAAGGAACCGAUGUGGCCACCUGGAUCUCCAUCAUGUCAGAGAGGAGUGUUCCCCACCUGCAGAAAGUGUUUGACAGGUAUAAGAGCUACAGUCCCUAUGACAUGCAGGAGAGCAUCAGGAAGGAGGUGAAAGGAGACCUGGAGAAGUCCUUCCUGACACUCGUUGAGUGUUUUGAGAACAAACCUCUGUACUUCGCCAGCAGACUUGCAGAGGCCAUGAAGGGUAAAAGUGCGAAGGAGAAGGUGGUGACGAGGAUCAUGGUGUCUCGUUGUGAAGUCGACCUCAUGAAGAUCAGAACCGAGUUCAAGAGUCAGACCGGCAAGUCUCUGUUCCAGACCAUCUCUGAGCACACUAAGGGGGAUUACCAGAAGGCCAUGCUGUCUCUGUGUGGAGGAGACGACUAAACAUCAUCUGGACUUCAUUACCUACAAGCCUUCGGCAUACUGGUCGUUAUGUCCACUGCUGGGAAGGUUGCUUACUAGACUACAACCCCCACUGGACUACAAUGUCCAGGCAUUAGUUUGGUAGCCACUGAACUACAACUUCCUACAUUAAGAGGUUUACUCAUACUAUUGGACGUUAUCAUCUGGAUAUUAAUAGCAUCAUUCUACUGAAGUAUUUCAUUAGAUGAAGAUAUUGAACCCACUGUUUUCCUGUAACAAACCUAACUGGUAAUAAAGUUACUUUGGCAAAGUGUUCUUCA